AUGGAGGAUUGUGAAGAUAUUGAUCAAUGGGAGGUGGCUUCUGACUCGGAUUCUCAUGAUGACUAUGAAGAAUCCGACGAGCUUGACGAGUAUGAUAACCAGUCAACGAAAGCCGGAGACCAUAUUGAACCAACACGUUCUGGAGGAAUAGCUCAGACUCAUGAGACGGACGGAAGUGCAGAAUCUCAAAUUAUGGGUGAUUUUGAUCGUAAAGUGAAGGAAAUACAGCUCUCCAACUCAGAAACUCAAUCAAUCGGGGAGGCUUGGGACUUCACUAUCGCCGACUAUGAUCCUGAUAAUUUCGACCUUCAAGAUGAGUUGCGCCAGGCGACUGGGAUAGGGAAGCGCAAGGGGAAAGGCCGUGCGCGUGGUCCUCGUCAAGUUCACUUAUCGCAAGAAGUCAAUCAUUUCCUCGGGCAAGCACAUAGUGCUUAUGCAUCAGGCGACCGUGAAACAGCGAUCAAACUUUUGCAGGAUGUGAUUGCAAUUGAGCCCGGGAUCGCUAAUGCAUGGGCAACCCUUGCAUUUUGUUACGAAGACGUUGGUGACACUUCGCGUGCCUUGAAAUUGAGGAUCAUGGCUGCACAUCUAGAGGGUGAUGUAGAUCAAUGGGCGGAACUCGGUUUGAAAUCAAGGGAGAUUGGCUCUAUGGAACAGGCCGUAUAUUGCUAUCGUAAUUCUGCCCGUUUGGACAAGACCAACCCCGAUGUUUUAUGGGACUAUGCAUUUUGUCUUCGCGAAUCGGGUCAGACGCAGAAGGCAAUAAAAACCUAUGAGUCCAUCCUUCAGAUCCUUCCUCACGACUUGACCAUAUUAUCACAACUUCGUGGACUUCUUAUUCAAACCGGCGAUCUUUCACGCGCGAUGGAAUAUUACUAUGCGGCUUUUGAGCACUAUAUCACUUCGGCACCUCAACCCGCUAUCUCUGAAACUCGUGCGGAUAUGGUCAUUGAUCCGCUUCUUGCUUCAUCAUCUGCACCUGAAAUGGUAGACACGACCAACAGUUUUGGGUUGCGUGAGAUUGCAACUCUAGCUGACCUACUCUCUGGGCUUGGCGAGCAUGCUCGUGCGGUAGACGUUGUGAUCCGAGGAGCUGAGUGGUUAGGUCAAGUACCCAAAGGAUCCGAUGAAUUGAGCAUAGGAGAGAGACUUGAUGUUAAUUUGAGGAUGCGCUUGGCAGUUGCCAAACUUAGGCUGGGGGUGAUCGAAGCUGGGAAGGACCAUGCAUGUAUCAUCCUUGCGCAUGACGUUAAUGAGUACUACGAACUUCACACAGAGCUUGCGGAUGUCUUUUAUGAGAUCGGUCACUAUGAGGAUGCUGUCACCAUUUACGAGCGACUCGCAUGUCAGCCCCACACCAGUAGCCUACACGUCCUUAAUCAGAUUGGAUCUUGUCAUAAGCAAAUGAAAAACUACACUGCAGCCAGGGAUGUUUACCAAAGAAUCAUCGAUGUUGAUCCUGAAGAGCAUGAUGCAAAGAUGAGGCUGGCUGAAAUCUAUGACAUUUUGAAUGAAAAGCGACUGGCUUUAGAUUUGGUAAAUCAAGUUAUCAUGGCGAGGGAGCAAGCCCUAUCUCGCGCUUCGGCCUCUGGAGCACACACACCCGCUGAAGCCUCUCUUUUUGCUGAACGAGCACCCGUGAAUUCUGCUUCAAUGCCAAAGAAACAUGUCAACAAACCAACAUUAACUCCCGCUGAAAUCCAGCGCAUGGAGCGUGAACGGAUUGACACCGUAGUUCGAGGUUUCAAGAGAUUAAAGGAAGUGAAUCCCGGCGAGAUACGCCCGAGCCUGGAAGAAGGUUCUGAGAGGAGGUGGGACGAAUGGUUAUCUGUGGCCGAAGAAUUGGCUCGUAUUUUUAUGGGAGAGAAGAAAUUGUUCAUUUCUGACCGCUAUAAGGAGUUUUCAGGUUUGAAGAGACAAUCUAAACGGAGUAAAACCGAAGACAUAGGCACAGCUAUCCCCAAGACAGCAACUGCCGCACAUGACUAUCUGAAAGUAUCCCUGUCAGAAUGGCUCAAAUUUUUAAUUCAAUAUGCGUUCGUUAUCACGAAACACAGGGGCCUUUACACUGAAGCAAGGGAUUUGUUGAAUAAAUUAUCUUUAUCAAAUGCAUACCAAGAAUGGAAGAAACAAAAUACUAUCUGGUUCGCGCUGCUCACCGUGGCUGUCCAGGAACGGCACGUCAAGGACAUAACCGAAUAUGCUCGCAGACUCAUCACCCGACACCAGUUUAGUAACGACGCAUUACGCUUGUUACUCGCUUCAUUGGGCGGCGGAAUAACUGCAGCAGAGGCCUUUGUCGAUAGCGCACUACAAAAAUACUUUUUCCGAGAGAUGAUCCAAUUUGAGCGGGCUGCGAAGGGAGAGCCUGCGGUGUUUGUCGGAGGCGGCCGAAAUCGGUGGGAUUUUGGAAACGGGAAAUCAGGAAAUGACGAGGAUGAUGGGGAAGGUACAGGUCCUUCGGCGAAAGGAUCUGGUCCGAGUGCUAGUGCAAAUGCGUCCAACCCGCACCCGGUUCUGCCAACCAAGGAAAGCCCCACUUAUGUAACAGCCUAUGGUCAGAUUUCUGGAGGCACGAGAAGCUACCAGAGCGCGAUAUACUACUUACUGAAAGCAUAUGAUAUGGCGCCCAAUGACCCGGUUAUAUGCUUGAGCCUUGGAGCUGCAUGUAUCGGACGUGCAAUGCAAAGACAAGCGGAUAACCGAAACCAUAUGGUAACACAGGGGUUUGCAUUUUUGUCAAAAUAUAGGACGAUACGGGCAUGCGAAAGCGCAUUAAAAUCCGAAGAAGUUGAUUACAACUUAGGACGAGGAUUCCAACAACUUGGCCUCCAAGCUUUCGCACAAAAGCAUUACCAAGCUGCCCUGGAGAGUGUAGAAAAGCGCCAAAAAGCAGACCCAAAUGCGCCGCUUGGUAUUGCAAAAGAGGCUGCAUACAAUCUCUCCCUGAUCUAUGUUAUCUCUGGGUCAGCCCGGUUGGCCCAAGAAUUGUACCGGCGCUGGCUAAGCCUCUAA